UGGAACUCUUGUGAGCAAACCUCGCGUCAACCAAAAGUCACCUCCAGUACUGUGUUGGCGCUGAUCCGGCCGCAAACUAAUUUUGCUGCAUGAGGGAGCGUCCUCUAAUCUCAUAUCACUGAAUCGCAUUCACCGCGCACUUUGCAAUCAGCAACCAUGGCGAAAGCUGUCCAACCCCGCAUAUUUAUUCUACUCGACGAGCUGGCAGCUUUUGAAGCUGUAGAGGGGCCAACUGCUGUUUCCGCCGGCCGACCUUCCAACGACGAAGACCAAGACCUACACACAUGGGUUGGUACCAUCAUCGGCCCUUCAGUGAUUGUUGGCGGAAGGAACCAGAGCAACUUUUGCGACAGAAUUUACAGCUUGAAGCUACACUGUAGCGACAAAUAUCCAUAUGAGCCACCCACCAUACACUUUAUCAACAAAAUCAACCUCCCCGGCGUUGACCCGACCGAUGGUCGCGUAGACCCUUCCAAGUUCAAUCUUCUGAAGGAGUGGAUUGCCACUGGCAACCCCCAGCAACACCUGAAGUUUUCCAUCUCUAGCGCGCUAUACGAGUUGCGAACAUACAUGCAAAGGAACUAUCAACUCCCGCAGGAGGAGGAAAACGCCGUCUACGACUGCUACAAAGACAAUCGCUAGCAACACUCCGGAUACAAGGGUAAUAUAUCAUCAAUCAGCGGGUUACCCAGUAUAACGCCAUUCACGAAAUAUUGAAACAUGAUACGAGGGCGAGCGUCGGACAUUGUUGGGAACGGACAUACCAAGCCAUAAUUAGACAUGAAGAAUGGCAUUGGAGAAAGUUAAGGUUAUUGGGAUGCGGGUCUUGAGAGCCUUCGAUUACCAAUGCAAUUGAAGCUGCGAAAGCACAGAAUAGAUGUAAAGAAGUUACCAUUUUGCUAGUGAAAU